UUUUCCUCCACCCGGCAGCGUUUUGGCCCGCCAUCCCUCCCGUAGGAGUGAAGGUUGGCGCUAUGGACGUUAAUCAGCCCAAGCAGGAGCACUUGCUGGCUCUAAAAGUGAUGAGGUUAACUAAACCUACUUUAUUCACUAAUAUUCCGGUGACUUGUGAAGAAAGAGAUUUGCCAGGUAAUCUGUUUAACCAGCUCAUGAAAGAUGAUCCUUCCACUGUGAAGGGAGCAGAAACUUUGAUGCUAGGAGAAAUGCUGACAUUGCCUCAAAAUUUCGGAAAUAUAUUUCUGGGAGAGACGUUUUCCAGUUACAUUAGUGUACACAAUGAUAGUAAUCAAGUUGUCAAAGACAUACUUGUGAAGGCUGAUCUACAGACAAGUUCUCAGCGCUUGAACCUUUCAGCUUCUAGUGCAGCAGUGGCAGAGCUUAAGCCUGACUGUUGCAUUGAUGAUGUGAUUCAUCAUGAAGUAAAAGAGAUAGGAACACAUAUCUUAGUUUGUGCAGUAAGUUACACUACGCAGACAGGAGAGAAGAUGUACUUCAGAAAGUUCUUCAAAUUUCAGGUUCUUAAACCACUAGAUGUGAAAACCAAAUUCUACAAUGCUGAGAGUGACCUCAGUUCUGUGACAGAUGAAGUGUUUUUGGAAGCUCAGAUUCAGAAUAUCACUACCUCUCCAAUGUUUAUGGAGAAGGUUUCUUUAGAGCCAUCUAUGAUGUACAACGUUGCAGAACUGAACACAGUUGACACAGCCGGGGAAAGUGAGUCUACUUUUGGCGCAAGGACUUAUUUGCAACCUAUGGAUACACGUCAGUACCUAUAUUGCCUAAAACCAAAGCAGGAAUUUGCAGAGAAAGCUGGAGUAAUAAAAGGUGUAACAGUGAUUGGCAAAUUAGACAUUGUAUGGAAAACUAACCUGGGUGAACGAGGAAGGCUGCAAACUAGCCAGCUCCAAAGAAUGGCUCCUGGUUAUGGCGAUGUAAGGCUUUCUUUGGAGACAAUACCAGACACUGUAAAUUUGGAAGAACCUUUCCACAUUACAUGUAAAAUAACAAAUUGCAGCAGUGAAAGGACUAUGGAUCUGGUUUUAGAAAUGUGCAAUACUAAUUCCAUCCACUGGUGUGGAGUUUCAGGAAGGCAACUUGGAAAGCUGCACCCAAGUUCAUCCCUCCAUCUUGCACUUACAUUGCUGUCCUCAGUACAGGGAUUGCAAAGUGUCUCUGGCUUAAGACUUACAGACACGUUUUUGAAGAGAACAUACGAGUAUGAUGAUAUUGCACAAGUCUGUGUAGUUUCUUCAAAAGUCUAAUGAAGUUGAAGAAAAACAUUCUGCAUUUCUGCUGGGCUUUCAAUUUUAUUUGGUUUAGGACCAAUUUCAUGAUGGUUUAGCACCCAAAUCAUAUUAAAAUGUGUACAAAUCAAAUGUGUAGGAACCAAACCCCUAUAUAGCUAUAAACAUAGUUAUGCUUAUUUAAUUUCUCU